AUGAGUGCUAAUAAAAAUGAAUGCCUCGUAUUUCCUGUUCAACAAAUUAUGUCCACAUCAGUUGCAGCCAUGUGUACAGCUUUAUUAAUGACGCCAUUCGAUGUUGUCAGAAUCAGACUGCAAUCACAACAUCAUCAGCUAGCGAAAGGUGAUUGUUUCGUAUUUCGUAAUGGACUUGGUGAUCAUAUGUGCACUUGUUUUAAUGGGCACGAAACCGUACCCUGGUAUAAUCGAUCAAUACCAGGAAAAUAUUCUGGUACACUUGAUGCAUUGUUUAAAAUAACACGAAAUGAAGGUAUCAGAUCGUUAUGGUCUGGAUUACCGCCAACGCUAGUUAUGUCUUUACCAAAUACCAUUAUUUAUUUUACUGCAUACGAGCAACUGAAAUGUUUCAUGGGCUAUAAGAGAGAUAAUUUAAAUCCAAUUGUGCCCGGCAUCGCUGGAGGUUCCGCGAGAAUCUUAGCUGUGAUGUUUACAAGUCCAAUUGAAUUAAUCAGAACGAAGAAAAUGGCAGCAAAAUUAUCCUAUACUGAUUUACAUAAAAUCUUAAGAGAUUCAGUAGAAUUGAAUGGUUUUCGCACACUAUGGAGAGGACUUGUGCCGACUCUUUGGAGAGAUCUACCGUUCAGUAUUUUCUAUUGGUCUGCUUACGAACGAUUAAAAGUAUAUAUUCUGGAACAGUUUCAUGCAACGCCAACUUUAAGUGCAUUUUAUUCUGGUGCAACCGCCGGUGCGCUAGCAGCCAUUCUUACACAUCCAUUCGAUACAAUCAAAUCAAUUCGUCAAGUUCAAUUAGGUAGUAAUCAAUCACAAUCAAACGAAAGCACACUUCAUAUCCUUCAACGAAUGUUACAAACACAAGGCAUACGUAGUUGGUAUAAAGGCCUUGUUCCACGCUUAUUGAAAGUUGCACCAGCAUGUGCGAUUAUGAUUUCAACAAUUGAAUUUUUCCGUCAAAAUAUAUUUAUAUGA